AUGGCAACCUCUCUGGGUUCCAACACCUACGACAGGCAGAACUGGGAGGAUGUGAACUUCCCCAUUCUGUGCCAGACAUGUCUUGGAGAACACCCAUACAUCCUAAUGACCAAAGAAAAGUAUGGGAAGGAAGGCAAAAUCUGUGCCAGGCCACUCACAGUGUUUCGCUGGUGCCCUGGGGGCCGCAUGAGUUUCAAGAAGACUGAAGUGUGCCAAUCCUGCAGUAAACUGAAGAACGUGUGUCAAACCUGCCUCUUAGAGCUAGAGUACGGACUGUCCAUCCAAGUCCGUGAUGCAGGAUUAUCUUUUAAAGAUAACAUGCCAAAGUCAGAUGUCAGCAGAGAGUACCACACACAGAGUACGGAAAGAGAGAUUUCGAACCCUGAUGGAACGCGGCCAGUCGACAUGCUGGGGAAAGCCACAUCCACCAGUGACGUGUUACUCAAACUCGCUCCGACCAGACCCUACUACAAAAGGAAUCAGCCCUGCAUUUGCUCCUUCUGGGUGAAAGGAGAGUGUAAGAGAGGAGAGGAGUGUCCAUACAGACAUGAGAAGCCUACAGAUCCUGAUGACUCCCUUGCUGAUCAGAAUAUUAAAGACCGACAUUAUGGAAUCAAUGACCCUGUAGCAGCUAAGCUUCUAAAAUGGGCCUCCACAAUGCCCCGUCUGGAUCAACCAGAGGAUCAGACUAUCACCACACUACAUGCUGGUGGUCUGGGUGACACCAUUACUGAGACAGAUCUAAGAAAUCAUUUCUACCAGUUCGGGGAGAUCUGGACGAUCACUGCUGUGCAGAGACAGCAGUGUGCUUUCAUCCAGUUUGCCACAAGGCAGGCUGCAGAAGUGGCUGCUGAGAAGUCCUUUAAUAAGUUGAUUGUCAAUGGCCACAGACUCAACGUGACAUGGGGAAGAUCCCAAGCAGCCAGAGGAAAGGGAAAAAGCAAGGACGGAAACACAGACUCUGCCAUCAAGCUACAGCCUGUUCCAGGACUGCCAAGAGCUCUCCCUCCUCCUCCAGCAGCAGCAGAAGAAGCUUCUGCCAACUUUAACCUACCCCCGACUGGUCCCCCAGCUGCGGUGAACAUUGCCCUACCACCAUCCCCUGGUAGUGUCCCACCGCCACCCCCAGGUUUUGGCCCACACAUGUUCCAUCCAAUGGGACCACCCCCUCCUUUCAUGAGGGCUCCAGGGCCAAUCCACUAUCCUUCUCAGGACCCUCAGAGGAUGGGAGCUCAUGCUGGAAAACACGGCAGCCCCUAG